AUGAUGAAACGUGGAGGGCGUGUUAUCCCGGUGUUGGAAGACCCGUACUCGAAUGAGAAGUGGCCUUACUGCACGCCAGAACAACUGGAACUGCUGGACACAUACAUGGACAAAUCUGUACUACGUGCGCUGAAGAACAGCAAGCCUGGCGAAGAGACGGGCGUCGUGUUUGAUAUCGCGGAGAUCCUGCGAGUGCUACAGUCCGAGAGCGCGGAUGUGUACGUCCUAGCGCUGUGGAACGACUCGAUGCUGAUGCGCCAAUUGAGACUGCUCGUGGCUGUGAAAAACGUACCUCUAAUCCCGAUCAACAAGAAGAUCAACAACAAGCUACUGGAACACGUCGGGGAUUCAUACGCCGACGUGCUGCUCCUGAAGAAGACAGCAUCGCUGGAUCAGAGCCUGGCAAACUUGCUGGACUCGAUCGAACAACCGCCGACACCCUUCCUGGAGCCCGUGAGAUAUCAUCCGACUACUAUCUCAUGA